CACGUCGGAAGAUCACGAGGAGGCGUAUAGACAAAACCAAUUUUUGUUUUGUCGGUUCCCAAGGGUUUUUGUUUAGGGUUUUCAAUUUUUUUUCCCCAUCUACAGUAUACCUAAUCCUCUGUUUCUCCACAUAAAAAGAAAAAAGAACCCUUGAAAUUAAGAGAGGAAUUAGUUUAGUGAUAAUGGGUUCGUUGAAGGAUGGUCAAAGAAGAGACAUGGAGGAAGAAGAAGAAGAUGAAUCGAAAGAGCCGCUUUUGAUGGCGCAGAACCAGAGGUUCACUAUGUUUCCCGUUAGGUACAAAUCGAUUUGGGAGAUGUAUAAGAAGGCUGAGGCUAGUUUCUGGACUGCCGAAGAGGUUGAUCUUUCGACUGAUGUGCAACAAUGGGAAGCCUUGUCGUUAUCGGAGAAACACUUUAUUAGCCAUGUUCUGGCGUUUUUCGCAGCAUCAGAUGGGAUUGUUUUGGAGAAUUUGGCUGCUAGAUUCUUGAAUGAUGUCCAAGUUCCUGAGGCUCGCGCUUUCUAUGGGUUUCAAAUUGCCAUGGAGAACAUUCAUUCGGAGAUGUACAGCUUACUUCUGGAGACAUAUAUAAAGGAUCCAAAGGAGAAGGAUAGAUUGUUCAAUGCUAUCGAGACCAUUCCUUGUAUUGCCAAGAAGGCACAAUGGUGUUUAGAUUGGAUUCAAAGUCCUAUGUCAUUUUCUGUGAGUCUGGUUGCGUUUGCAUGCGUAGAAGGAAUAUUCUUCUCAGGAAGCUUCUGUGCCAUCUUCUGGCUUAAGAAGAGGGGUCUUAUGCCUGGUUUGACCUUCUCAAACGAGCUUAUAUCGAGAGACGAGGGGCUCCACUGUGACUUUGCUUGUCUCUUGUACAGUUUGAUGCAAAAGCAGCUUCCGUUGGAGAAAGUUUAUCAGAUUGUUCAUGAGGCAGUAGAAAUCGAGACAGAGUUUGUCUGCAAGGCUCUUCCAUGUGAUCUGAUAGGAAUGAACUCAAACCUCAUGAGUCAGUACAUACAAUUUGUUGCAGACCGUCUUCUGGUUACCUUGGGGUGUGAAAGGAGAUACAAAGCAGAAAACCCAUUUGACUGGAUGGAGUUCAUAUCUCUGCAAGGGAAGACCAACUUCUUUGAGAAGAGAGUAGGAGAGUAUCAGAAGGCAUCGGUUAUGUCAAACCUCCAAAAUGGAAGUAAGAACUACGAAUUCACAACUGAGGAGGACUUUUGAAUGAAUCAAUCAGCCAUUGAAUCUUAACUGGAAGGGCUCAUCAAGUUAGAUUAUUUAUGGAGUCACUCUCAUUCUUUGUAGCCCAACACCAGAGUAGUAGUAGUAAUAGAAGAGGCCAUAUAUUCAUAUUAGUUACAUAUGUUUUGGCUUUCACUUAGCAAUGGAUGUUUUUUUUUUUUUGAGUGCACCAUCACUUGUGUCUUCUCUAUUGUGUAACAUUAGCUAUUACCAUGUUAGUUAAUCUUAAUCAUAUAGCA